UUUUCAAACUGUACAAACUGCAUUUUAGAAUAUAGGGAUAAGGCACUACCAUAAAUCAAGAAAUAAAACUGAAUUUUACAGCAAUCUCAAUCUUGUGUUAUUUAGCAUUUUAGUAUAGCAGAAUAACAUGGUAAGAGCGUAGAACAGAAUGCUGUGUUUAAGAAAUUUUAAGCAAAACCAAAGUACAUUAAUUACAGAGAUUUAUAGUCUAGGGGCAUAAAAGUCAAUAUAAAGGUGAUUUAGUAAUACACCUGGAAAUUGCAUGUGUAAAAAGAGUUUAGUACUUUUUAAGCACUUAAAAAGAUACCAAUCUUCAUGUAUCAGAGGACAAGCAUAUUAAUCAGGUAAAAAAAAAAAUCCCAGUGCCUGAUUUCAAAGACCAACUCCAAAGAACUAGACCAACAGGCCUUCUAUUACUAAAAUGCCUGCGUGUUACCCUGUCACCAAAAUAUUAAAAAAAAAACAGAAACCCUAACACAUCCAAGUUAAUAACACCAGUAAAUGGAACAAAUCAAAAAUCCUGCUGGAGAGUGCCUAAAUGAAAUCUAAUCAUGAGGAAACAUCAAACAAAUCUACAUUGAGAGACUUUCUAUAAAGGAACUCCCCUAUACUGUUGGAAAUGUCGAAGUCAUGAAGCAUGAAGGAAAAUCAGGGAGCCACUCUAGACUGGAACUGUAACAUCUGAACCAGGACUGCGUCUGGUCUGGGAACAUGGAUGUGGUUUGUUCCCAACACCCUGCUGAGGAGGUUUGUGUGAGGUCCAGAGUCUAGAGAAAGGUACUGUAUCAACAUGAGUUUCCUGAUUUGGGUCAUUGUACUGUGGCUGUGUACGAGGAUGUCCUUGUUCUUGUUCUUAGGAAAUAUAUAGUGGAGCCAUCACAAGUGAAUGGUUUCAACUUACUCUCAAAUGGUUCACAAAAUACAGAGAGAGAGAGAGAGAGAGAGAGAGGGAGCGACAGAGAGGGAGAGACAGAGAAGGAAUACUACAUCAAAUGGGGCAAAGUGUUAGGAAUGGGGAAUUCAAGGGAAGACUAGCAUUCUUGCAACUUUCCUAUUAAGUUCAAAAUUAUUUCAAAACAAAAAAUGCUAAAAAUAUUUUUUAAAGCUGUCAAUAGGAACACUAAAAAAAAAUCUAAAAAUUUUAGAGUAUGUUUUUAAGCUUCAUAUCUAGAGGAACUACUUAAGUCUACUUAAGUUGUUUUGUAAAUCUAGACUAAAAACAUGAACAAACUGAAUUUUCAAUUCCAUUCAAUGCCUUCAUACUAGAAAUUACAAAACUUGUUAUUUUUUUCUUCUAUCGGCUACAUGCCUAUUCCAGAUCACUAUAUAAGUUAAUGGAAAAUACUUCUACGUUUUACACAUUCAUUUGAAAAACAUUUCAAAUGCUGGUUUCUAUAGCUAUUUUUUCUUACAGUUAUUUCCUUCCUUUCCUUGUGCCUUAAUGAUUUAUUUUAUCAGUUUCACAUCUGUAAUUGAUUUUGAGUCUAUCUGAAAAGUUUUAAACCAGAAUGUUAUUUAGUGGCACUGAUACACUUGUAUACACAUGGGUAACAAAAAAAAUCCUGCCACAUCGGAUUACCAGUCCAUGACAUUUUAUAAUUAUUUUGCAAUGUGAGUUCCUAGCCAAUGCAACCUAACAAUUGUGUCAGUGGUCUUGCUGUGUAGGGUGGAGAGAGGUAUGAUAAGAAAAAGAUGCCAAUUCCCUUCAACGGUCCUCGGCACACAGUUGGCACAAAAUAAAUACUUGGGGGGGGCAGGUUAUUGUAAGAUUCCAUAUCACUUGCUAUUUCUCAUCAGGAACCACAAGACAGGGGCAUACCCAAUAGAUGCCUACAAAUCCAAAGAUGAGACAAUAAUGCUCCUGAGAAUCUAGAGGUCAAGCAAUAAAAGCUUUUGGUGAAAAUGACUUUAUUUUGGCAUACUUCUAAAAAAUUAAGUUAUAAACCAUUCCUUGCUGCUGUGGACUCUAGGCCGCCGGGGUCAGUGAAUGAUCUCAAGAUGGCUACACAAAAUCUUGCUCUAAAAACCAUUGACUGGGUAGCUUUUGGGGAGAUCAUACCCCGAAACCAGAAGACCAUUGCUAACUCCCUGAAAUCCUGGAAUGAGACACUUACCUCCAGGUUGGCUACUCUCCCUGAGAAACCACCUGCUAUCGACUGGGCUUACUACAAGGCCAAUGUGGCGAAGUCUGGUUUGGUAGAUGACUUUGAGAAAUUUAAUGCCCUGAAGGUUCCUGUGCCAGAGGAUAAAUGUACUGUUCAGGUGGAUGCUGAAGAAAAAGAAGAUGUGAAAAGUUGUGCUGAGUUUUUGUCUCUCUCAAAGGCCAGGAUUGAGGAAUAUGAAAAAGAGCUGGAGAAGAUGAGGAACAUAAUUCCAUUUGAUCAGAUGACCAUUGAGGACCUGAAUGAAGUCUUCCCAGAAACCAGAUUAGACAAGAAGAAGUAUCCCUAUUGGCCUCACAAGCCAAUUGACAAUUUAUAAACUUGAGUUGGGGAGAAAGCUCUGGCCCUCGUAUUGUAAAUGCUGGACACUAAAAAUAAUGAUACGGAAAAAAAAAUUAAGUUAUAACAGGGUUGUUGUUGUAUUAGUAUCAAGUUAAGGCUAUGAAAAAUAAAAGAAAAAAAAGACUUGCACUCACUGUACUUAUUGUAUAUCAAUCUUUUUAAAGCUACAAAAAACAACCAGAAUUUUGUGGAAUGUCACCAAAUAUAAUUGAAAGUUGCUAGUAUCACAAUUUCUUGAUAUAUGUUUUUCAAAUGCCAAGGUCUACAGGAUUGAAUGGAAGUUCUCUUUGAUUCAUGUCCUGGUUUGCCUACUGAAAAAGGAGAGUUAGGGUGACUUCAAGAGAAUUCCAAAAGAUGCAGGCACAGAAAACAAGUGCAAAGGAAUUUCAAAU